AUGAAAGCCAUUGUACUGCUAACAAUUUGUGCGGCAGUAGUUUUGGGCUCGCCUCCCACCGUCGCUGCAGAUGGAGCCACAGCCAAAUUGCCGCCUGACAUCCGAGCAGGCCAAACAGACAGGUCAAUCAAUGCCGAAACUCCACUCAUUCAGAAGGGUUAUGCGACUGCUGCAGCCAAAGCAGCCGUAGCAAACAAUUCAACAGAUUUGCAGGACACUUUCGGCCAGCCUUCGACCAAGUCAAACGAGGACCCCCGGCACAUCGUUCGACUGGAAAAAGUUCCGAAAAACUUCCAUCAGCAAAGUGACAGAACGACGAAAGAGUUGACUACACCUGCUCAAAAAGAUGAUACAACGGCAAGCACAAGACAAGCCGAUGGUCAGCACCAUGUGGAUGUGGCUGUGGAUAUUCAGGACAAGCCUUCUCACCGUCCCAGCAAGAAGAUAGACCAACCUGUGACACAACAUAACAGACCACAAGGUAAGGGCAAGGACAGAACUGACAGGCAUCCAUCGGUCCAACAGGAACAUCCAAUGGCUACCAGCACAAAAGACCCAAAAUGGACAGCUCAUAGGAAUCCAGCGGUCCACAACGAACAUGCAACAGAACGGCAUAGAGAUAUCCCACGUCCGACCAAUCCUCAGCCCCAUGUGAGCUCAGAGAACACUUCUGUUCAACAUUCAAGCAAACCUAUCGCUAAAGCCAGGCCCGCCGAUACUCUUAAAUAUUUCCAAAAAACUCGGAACAGCGGCAGGAAAAAUACAGACUUGAAUCAUUCGGUCCCAAACAAUCAUACAACAGAAAGGAAUAUAGAUAUUCAAAGCCAAUCCAAAGCUCAGCCCCACCAUUUGAUCUCCGUGGAACUUCCUACCCAACAGCCGAGCAAACCCAUCGCUGAGACCGCGCAAGCCGUGAAACAGAAAAAACUCCAAGGAACUCAGCACAGGGGCAGGACUAGAAUGGACUUUAAUACAUGGCUGCAGCGAAAUCAUCAAACGGAUAGGGAAACGGACGUUUCAAGGCCAUCCGAUCAUCAGCAGCAUUAUCAGGAGAGUUCGUUCCGUAAUCCAAUAAACAAACAACAAAGAAGACUCCCAUCUACGCAGGACAGUGGCAGGACAUUGACAGACUCGAAUCCAUCGCUUCCAAACGAUAAUCCGUUAAAAAGCAAUCGAAAUUUCCAAGGACAACCCAAUCGUCAGCCUCCCACGGAGAUCCAGGACAAUACUUUCCAACAUCCAACAACAUUCCACGAGCCCAAAGAUGACCUAAAAAGACCCCCCAUGGCUCAGUACAGUAGCAGGACAAUAACUGAGUGGAGUCCAUCGGUCCAAGGGGAUCAAAAGGACCGGAGAAUGAAAUUCUCUAGGCAAUUCAAUCGACAGCAGCAUUUUCUGGAGUGUUAUAAUCCGAUUACCAGUCAGGACAAAACGAUUGUAGACUGGAAUCCAUCGGUCGAGCAACAACAUUCAACGAAAAUGUCCAGAAUAUUCGAUCAUCAGAAACAUUCUCAGGAUUCAUUCAAUUAUCCGAAAUAUCCACACGACAACCUCGCCCCACAUAUUCAGCAUAGCAAAAUGCCAACAGCUAACCACAGUGAACCAUCCGUGGAAAACGACAGACCAAUAGAAAGUAAUGUGGAUAACCAAAGCCAACUCUAUCGUCAGGAGCAUAAUCCACCAAGCAGACUCCCACCUCAUCCCAGUGGGACAGCAAUAAAGGACUCGAAUCCAUCCCCUCAAAACGAAAAUCCAACAGAAAGGAAUAGAUAUAUUCAAAGCCGAUCCAAUCCUCAGCGUCAUGUGAUUUCCGAGAACAUUUCGUUGCAGCAUUCGAGCGAUGAGGACGAGCCGCCAGUUCAACAAAAGCGACGCUCCAUGGCUCAGUACAGUGGCAGGACGAUAGCUGAGUGGAGUCCAUCGGUGCAAGGGGACGCAACGGAGAGGAGAAGACAAUUCGAUCAGCAGGAUUAUCAAGAGGGUUCUUUCCAUAAUCCGAUGGACAGACAACACAACAAAUUCUCAAUGGCCCAGGACAUUGGCAGAACGUUGAAGGACUCGAAUCCAUCGCUCCAAAACGAUAGUCCAAAUGAAAGAAUAAGAAAUAUAAAUAAAUUCGAUCGUCAGCCCCAUAUGGUUAUCCAGGACAGCCCCUUCCAACAUUCGAGCAAACCCGUCGAUGACGCCGGGCCGCCUGUUACCCAGCACAGACUCCCCAAGGGACAGUACAAUGACAAGACGAUAGCUGAAUGGAAUCAAUCGGUACAACAACAACCACUAAAGCAAAUACCAAGACAAUCCGAUCAUCAGAAAGAUUAUCAGGAGGGCUCUUUCCAAAAUCAGGACAGGGGCAGUAGGUUCCAGAUCGAUAAUCCGAUUGAGAGGAAUGUAAAUACCCAAGACCAACCCAUACUUCAGAACCUUAAGAUUUCCCAAUAUGCGAGCAAACCGAACGAUGAACACGAGGGCCAAAUGGAUGUAAUGGCGCCAAUGUCAGUGCAUCAACAGCCUCUGAUGGACGCGAUGGAACCAUUCGAACAUCAAACGCAUGCAUCUAGAUCACAUGAUUUCAAGGGAGCAACUUACAGGUUUCCCUACGAUCGGCCAUCAGUUCCAAAAGGGUUCCAUGACAAACUGAAACCUGUCGAUGAUGAUGAUGAUCAGACGACUACAGAGCCGUCAGAAGAAUCAUCUGACGACACUACAAUGAGGGUGAACAAAUCUGCAGCAAGCGGAAAGAAAGGUAGAAAGUCGCGUAGGAAGGGAAAAAAUCGUAAACGAAAGACUAAGCGGCAACGAAAUGAAGCUGCGAAGAAAAGGAAAAGACUGACAACAACGACAGAAGUGUAUGAAGGCGAAGAGAAAACCACGGAACCCGAUGAGGAGUGA